AUAACCCAUAAUAACUUAUUUCUGAUUUAAAAGCGUAAGCGUAAAAAUCAACUGAAUAUCAACAAUUAAUUUAACUUUUUGAAAAUUAAAUAAUAACUUAAGCAUCCUAAAUAAAUUAAAUGUUAACUUAUGGUCACUAUUUAUAUAAAAAUGAAUAUCAAGAACCCCUUUCAAAAUCCAGAAAUUCUCAAGAUAUAUAGUCAUAAGAUUAAUAAAAUGAAAAGAAUCUUUGUAAAAGUUAAAUAAUACUUUAAUAGUAAUAAAAAUUAAACUAAUAAUAAGAAACAAUCGAAAAAUUAACCCAAACAAUUGAAAACGUAACAUAAUAAAAUGAAAAUUUGAGAGAAAAAAUAAAGGUUUCAACGGAAUAAAACGAAAAGCAAAUAAAAAAAAUUCUUGACAAAGACGAUUUAAUAUCUAAAUAUUAACAAAAACUAUAAAAAAAUGAAGAUGCCUUAAAAAAAAAUGCCCAAUCAAUAAUUUAACUUAAAGAAUAAAACGAAAAAAUACUCAAAUAAAUAGAAGAUAUCACUAUAGACAGAAAUAACCUUUUAGAACGUCUUUUAUAGGAAAAAUAAAUUUUUGUCGAAAAAAUAAAUAUUUUAAAUAAAAUGAAUGAAGAUUUGGAAAUUCAAAAAAAAUAAUUAGAUAGUGAUAUUUUAUAUUUUAAUACUUAAAAAUAAGAUUUCUAAAAUUAAUUGCAAAAAUAAGGGCGCAGCUUAUCCUCGAUUUUCCCUUAGUAAACUUAAGAAGAAAAGAAUUCAUAAAACAAUGAUGCUUAAGGAUAGUUUUAGCCUUUUAAAAUGCUCAAAACCCUCCCUAAACACCAUAAAUAUGAAGUUUAUUAAAUAAGCCAGACUCUAAAUGGAUAACUAAUGGCCAGUUGUGGCGGAGACAACUAAAUAAAGAUAUACGAUCCUUUAAGCUUGAACAAUUUUACAACUAUAUAGGCUUCCGAUACUUCAUAAAUAUUCACAAGUGUAGCAUUUGCCCCUUUAAAUGACCUAAUAAUGGUCGGAUCAAGUGAUAAAAGUGUUUAAAUAUACAACUACCACACUGGUAAGUUAAAAGUUUAACUACAAGGUCAUUGUGACAGGGUAAAUUCUGUAUAAUUCACAUCGGAGAAAGAUAAAGUAAGCACAGGAAGUUCUGAUAGGCUUUUAAAAAUUUGGGAUAUAAGUAAAGGUUCAUGCCUAAAAACUAUAAACUGUGGUUCAAAUGUGCGAUAUAUAGAUUAUUUUUAAAGCGAACCACAUAUAAUAACAGGACAUAAUGAUGGUUCAAUUAGAUUAUAUUCAACAAAUUUACAAAACAAUAAGCCUUUUUAUAACAUUUAAGGAAUAUUUGAAGGAGGAAUUACCUGUUGUAGAUUGUCUAAUUGUCAUAAUUAUAUAGCGUGUUCCAGCGCAGACGGAUUUUAGAUAAAAAUUGUUGAUUUGAGAAAAUUGAAAGUCUUUAAAUAAUUUGAACAUUAAUUUUAUUUUAAUAAUCAUGAAUUUAAUAAAUGUUGCUUUGGAAGUAACGAUAAAGUGGUUUUAGCAGGAGGAAGUGACGGAUAGAUUUUUAUGUGGGAUGUUAAUAGUGGAGUAAACAAGGGCGUUUUUAAAAAUGUAAAUCAUUAGGGGGUUAUUGUAGCUUUGGAUUUUCAUAAUGUUACUGGGUAUUUAUAUUCGGGAGAUAGUAGGGGGAAUAUUGUCAUUUGGAAUAGUUGAUUUU